AUGAUCGUCACAUAUCUCGCCAAAAUUGUCCUCCUUUUACCCGAUCUUUCGACAACCGAAGCAAAUAAGCUCCACGAGAUUGCCGAUCUGAACGCUGAAGAUCAUGGGGUUUUUCUGGGAAGAGAACAUACGCCAAAAAAACCCGAGAUUCCACGUUUUCCAUCGACAAAACCGGCAGCUCCACACAUUUGGCCAUACCAGUCAAUGCCAAUCACUUUACCGCCAAUUCCCGGCAGAGCACAACGCCGAAAACCGCACCCAAACGAGCCAUGUCGAGCGAUCAAUGAAACAACAAGGAAAGAAUUGUUGCAUGAUCUUUUCAACGAGGAAACUUACGACAAGAACAAUUUGCCGUCAGCAAACUCGACUGAGGUAGUAGUCGAGUUGACAGUGCAAUCGAUCACCGAAAUCAGCGAAUUCUCCAGCAGUUUCAAAGCUGACGUUUGGUUUUCCCAAAUUUGGCGCGAUCCUCGUUUGGAUUUCACGGAUCGAAACUAUUGUCUGAAGAAUUUUUCACUCGCCUCACACAAAUUGCCUCAGCUUUGGUCACCGAAUGUCUGCUUUGUGAAUAGUAAAAAGGUUGAAAUCCAUUCAUCUCCAUCUCAGAAUAUCCUCCUUUUGAUCUUCCCGAAUGGGACAGUUUGGUUGAAUUUUCGUGUUUCUCUCCAAGGACCAUGCAAGCUCGAUUUGACAUACUUUCCAAUGGAUCGACAAACGUGCAAUUUGAUAUUUGAGAGUUACUCGUACAAUACAGCCGAAGUGCGGAUAGUUUGGCGAGACUGGGAAGCUGUUUCGAUUCCAGAUCCGAACAGCAAAAAUCUUCCGGAUUUCGAGUUGAUCAGUUUCAGUCAUUUAAAUCAAACCCUCGUCUACACAGCCGGUUUAUGGGAUCAACUUGAAGUUGUAUUCGAAUUUCGGCGACUGUAUGGAUACUAUGUGUUACAGGCUUAUAUGCCCACAUAUCUCUCGGUUUUCAUCUCGUGGAUCGCCUUUUGGAUUGAUACAAAAGCUCUUCCAGCUCGUAUCACUCUCGGUGUGAGUUCUUUGAUGGCAUUGACGUUUCAAUUCGGUAACAUUGUCAAGAAUUUGCCUAGAGUCAGCUAUGUAAAAGCUUUGGACAUUUGGAUGUUCGGGUGUGUGGGCUUCAUUUUUCUUUCAUUGGUUGAGCUAGCAGUUGUCGGCUUUGCGGACAAGGUCGACGCGAAACGUCGUCGACAUCAAAGGCAGAAAGAACAAUUGAUAAUGAGAUCUGAUAGUGAACAACAAUGGUUAUCAAGGCUGAGUGGACAUCGACCAAGUCAAAUGAUGUGCACAGAUCCGAGAGAUCAAAAGAACAAUAGAACGGAAGAACAAGAAUGCCCGAGUGGUUUACCAUUGUUAAAUAAUGAAGAAAAUGGACAUACGAGACAUCCAGGGAGUCAAGAAGGAACACCGGGUGGGACACAGGGUGGUCUUCCACGGGGUAUUCGAAUGAGCAAACUAUUGCUCCAUCAAGAAGCGCCCGCUCAUGUCAAUGGAGAGAAGAUUGAUGAGCAUAAACAUAAAUUUAAUGGAGAGCUGGUUGAUGAGAUCUCCGCUAAACUCUUCCCUCUUCUCUUCACCGCUUUCAACAUUUUCUAUUGGUUUUACUAUAUCGGGAUGUCAGGCGGGGUUUUUGGAUCGGAA